UAUUAACAAGUAAUAAGAACGGGAUUGACUAAUAAGUCUGUUGGCCUUUUUAUAUUUAGUAAUAAUAUUUUUUAUUAAGAUACAAAUAUUGGCCAUUUGUAUUUAUGAUGACGCCAAAGCAUUUUGGAGGGAGCCAAUCAAAAAGCAAAGACACGUCUCAACCACAACUUUAUCAAUGUUACAUCGACGUGACCGAGUUACUUUAUCCAGGAAGUAAUUAAUUAAUUAACGAUAUGACGAGUGAAUACAUUGAUAAAUAAUCAAUAAUUCAGGAACGAGGACUCGUGUAGUCACACAGCUGUACACAUACAAUCCGUCUAGCAUGUUGAAGAAAACUGGGAUAGAAAGAGAUAUUUUUGGGUUAAACGCUGGAAAGGAGCCAAAAGAGAAAGAUAAGAAAGAGAAAGGAAAUAUUAAAGAGAGACCGAUGUCUGCGGCUUUGUCAGUCACACAAGAAGCAGAGACGCCAAGUGUUCCUUUAACCACAGAAGCUGGUGAUCCUGUUGUUGUUCUGAUUGAACUGGAACUAUACACUCCCCUUAUACAGUGUCGUGCUAAGAUUGAUUUUACGAACGCUUUGGAAGAGAUGAUAACGACAACUAAAGUGCACGAUCCUUAUCCUUACACAAUUCAGUUGGCAGAAGAACAAUAUUUGAAUAGCAUCAGAAAAUUAGUAGACACCAUUACGGAGGGUUAUAGAGAUUUUAUUGAAAAAAAUAAUACCAGCCAAAAUCAAGUGGAUGGCUCAGUAAUGGAAUCGUGUAAUGAAACUGAAAUUGAAAAUUCUUCAAGUUCUAAAAUAUUUUCUGAAAAAAGCAAAAGUACUCAACCUGAAUCACUUAAGGUUUUCGGAUCGGACGAAUUAUCGCGAUUUAUACGAUAUCUUUACGAGACAGGUUUGUACGUUGCCAUUCAAAGUACAUUGAAAAAGAAAAUGAUCUUUUUGUUAGAUCAAAAAUUCAAGUCAAAAAUGCACAUAUUGCAUUCCAAAGAGGGUCAAGAUUUCAUUGCAACGGCCUAUAUAUAUUUGACAGAGCAAAUGCACUUGGCGAUAAAUAAAGAAGUAGAAGGUCACGUUAUCAAUAAGCAACAUUUGGAAUCUACCAAUUUGAUAAACUACUGUUACUAUGCUGAGGAAGCUGAUGAAUUAAAUCAUAUAGAUGACGCAAAACGAUAUCACAGAACAGUGAACAAUUAAAAUAAUUAAACAUUUAGCUGGAA